AUGAUCUGCCCACCGCUGGUGUACUACCUGGCCCUGCUGCUCCUCCCCCCUCCGCCUCCUCCAGCUCUAGACACAUUCGCCAUCAAGGCCCUCCGUAACGCCCUGGCCCUCUCGGCAGCGUGGCUCUUCCUGCGUCUGCCGCUGGCCUACCACGUCCCGCAGAGUAUCGGCCUGACGUAUCAACUCGGACUGGUAGGCUUGUACGGCAGUGCUCGCGUCGUGGAUGUGUUCUUCAUCUCGCCAUAUCUCCUAGGACAUAUCCCGCGCCGUGUUAUCUAUAGGUAUGAGCCACGAGUCGGCACGCCCCUCAUCGAGGGCCUGCGUGAUCUGAAGAACAAAACCUCUCCCUCCCCCCUCUCAUCGUUGUCCUCUGCGCAGGCAACACCAUCAACAACACCAACCCCGGAGCCCGUCAACCACGGCAUCAUGACCAACCCACUCCUGAACCCAAAGUCCAAACCAAAGCCUGACCAGUCCCCCUCCUACUUCCCCCUCCACCUUCUCCACCGCAGCCUCAUCACCGGCCCUCAACUCACACCCGUCCUCGAACACACCACCACCGAGGACGGCUGGCCCCACACCCUCUCAGACCGCGCCUCCUGGGCCCUCGAGCUCGAGCUCUCCAUGCGCGGCGCCGGCUUCACAUGGACCACGGCCGACGUCCGCCACACCCGCCGGACCUGGCUGCCCACCGUGCCCAGCAGGCUGCACAGCAUCUUCCUGCACGCCCUGCCGACCCUACUGGUGUCUCUGGCUGGGGUCAGGGCCAUCUACCUGCGGUACAGUCUAGCCGACGUGGACGAGGUCCUGUGGGCAGCAGCACAAAGGAACGAGGAAGCGGGACGGUGGGACAUCGACUACGACGACAACCUCUUCGGCACUCGACUCCCCCUGCUCACCCAGCUGACCCUGACGCUGUGCCUGGGCGCCACCCUCCUGGCAGCCUUCUCCCUCGCCCACUCCAUCUUCGCCGUCGUGUGCAGUCCGCUCGCGCCAGGCCCGCUCGCCUACUUCCCCCCGCUGUAUACCAAGGCCCCCUGGGAAAUACGCGGCGGCGGCCUGCGCGAGUUCUGGUCGUAUGGGUGGCACCGCCUGUUUGCGCGCUUCUUUCUUGUCUACGGCAUCUGGCCUGGCGAGUGGCUGGAGCGCAAACUGCUGGGGAAGACAGCACAGGAACCGGCGGAUGUGGGUAAGGUGCUGGGCGGGUUUCUGAGUAGUGCGUUUUGUCAUGGGUUUGCGGCGAGAGGGGUUUCGGGCGGCAACUGGUGGCUGGCUCGCGGGGAGGUGGUGUUUUUUGCGAUGAAUGGAGUGGCGGUGGUGGUUGAGGAGGUGGUCAGGAGGGUCGUUGUGAGGCGUAGAAUGAGGAGGAAGGGGGAGAGCCUCGAGAGGUGGUGGGAUGGGUGGGUGGGGAGGGUUUGGUGGAUUUCUGUGGUGCUGCUGAGUGGGAGGAAUUUUGCGAGGGGUUGGGUGAAUGCUGGGCUGGUGAGGGAGAUGAGUGGGUUGUAG